UUUCAGCGCAUGAGCUGAGCUGCUUUAUGAGAGCGGUCUGUCUUUAUCACUGCUCUCCUCCCUUCCCAUCGGUGUCCAUCUCUCUCUAUCUCUCAGUCCCUCAAGUCCUCUCAAGCAAAGUGACUUAACUUUAAUCCUUUCAGUUCUUUGCAAAAUUGCAAAGAAAGCAAAACCAACAGAUGGGUUUACUCUCAUUUCUCACAUUUCCACUAUUUCUCUCACUUUUAUGGAGAUUAAUAAUUGUUAAUGGUAAUUUUUCAACGACCCUUGAGGGACCAUUCAAGCCAGUAACGGUUCCUUUUGAUAACAAGACUUACCAUGGCAAUGCCAUUGACUUGCCAGACACUGACCCUCAAGUUCAAAGGACUGUUCAGGGAUUUGAACCUGAACAAGUCUCUGUCUCCCUGUCUUCUGACUAUGACUCUGUUUGGAUCUCUUGGAUUACAGGGGAUUCCCAAAUUGGUGGUGACAUAACACCUUUGGAUCCUGAAUCAGUUUAUAGCGUUGUACACUAUGGAAUUGAAGGGUCCCAGAUGAGUUAUGAGGAAGUUGGAUAUUCAUUUGUUUACAAUCAACUUUAUCCUUUUGAAGGGCUUCAAAACUACACUUCUGGCAUCAUACACCACGUUCGUCUGACAGGGUUGGAACCAAGCACAUUAUAUCAAUAUCAAUGUGGAGAUCCCUAUAUAUCAGCAAUGAGUGAUGUCUUUUAUUUUAGGACUAUGCCCCCCUCCAGUCCUACAAAUUACCCUCGUCGAGUAGCAGUGGUAGGAGACCUAGGUCUUACAUACAAUACAAGCACAACAUUCAGUCAUUUACUCAGCAACCAUCCAGAUCUUCUUGUUUUGGUUGGAGGUAUAAGUUAUGCUGACAUGUAUCUCACUAAUGGAACUGGAUCCGAUUGUUACCCUUGCUCAUUUGAUGAAUCUCCCAUCCAUGAAACAUACCAGCCUCGAUGGGAUUAUUGGGGAAGGUUUAUGCAACCUCUAGUAGCUAAUGUUCCAACUAUGUUGGUUGGAGGGAAGCAUGAGAUAGAACCACAGGCUGAAGAUCAGAUUUUCGUUUCUUACAGCUCUCGAUUUGUGUUCCCAUCUGAAGAAAGCGGAUCAUCAUCCUCGGUGUACUAUUCUUUCAAUGCAGGAGGGAUACACUUUGUGAUACUAAAUCCCUACACUUACUAUGACAAAUCAUCGGAUCAAUACAAGUGGUUGGAAGGAGAUCUGUAUAAUGUUAACAGGAAUGUGACUCCAUGGUUGGUGGCUGUUUGGUAUCCUCCUUGGUACAGCACAUUCAAGGCACAAUACAGAGAAGCAGAAUGUAUGAGAGUAGAAAUGGAGGACUUGCUCUAUGAGCAUGGUGUGGACAUAGUAUUCAAUGGACAUGUUCAUGCAUACGAGAGGUCAAACCGAGUUUAUAACUACUCUUUGGAUCCAUGUGGUCCAGUUUAUAUCACAAUUGGUGAUGGUGGAAGUCGAGAAGACAUAGCAGUUACCCAUGCUGACGACCCUGAUGAGUGUCCAGAGCCAUCCACCACAGCUGACUUAGAUAUAGGUGGUGGCUUCUGUGGAUUCAAUUUCACAUCAGGCCCUGCUGCAGGUAGCUUUUGCUGGAACAGGCAGCCUGAGUAUAGUGCCUACAGAGAAAGCAGCUUUGGUCAUGGGAUAUUAGAGGUGAAAAAUGUGACUCAUGCUUUGUGGAGUUGGCAUCGCAAUCGAGACUACUAUGAAACUGCUGGGGAUAUCCUUUACAUAGUUAGAGAACCUGAUAGGUGCCUGGCUAACCAAGGUAAUUAAGCAUGUUCUUUAACAUUUCUGGGUCUUCAGGUUCUUGAAUGUAAUUGAGAAAACCAACCAAUGCCCCUUCAUACACAGCUAAUGUUCCCUUGUGUAGGCAGUACAUUUGACAUCAACCACUAUAACCUCUAAAUUUUAGAAUGUGUGGAAUUGUAACUUCAUAUGGCUAACUCGAUCAGCUUUUGAAAUCCAAGCUAAGCAACAGAGCUUACUUUUUUUUA